AUAUUUGCCUCGUUACCUACGCCAACGUACAUCACUGCUCGGUGUGUUAGUAGACAAUGGUACGCACUAAUAAAUCUACCAUCACAAGUUAUUGCACACAUAUAUUCUUGCAAGGAGAAAUUACAUAGGGGAAAGAUUUUCGUGACGACAGAGGCACCCAUUCAUAACCUUAAAGACGUUCGAUUUCUGGCAGCUUUUACGAGGCAAAAUUUGGCAAUUUUAGAUAUUCGAGGUCGCCUUUUGCAAGAAAGUGUUUUUAAUAGACAAAUGGAUCGCGACUGGAAUAUUCAAGAACAUUGUUUAAACAAUGAUGUAUGCACAGAAACGGAUGAAGAGCGGGAUCUAAUACAUCGUCUGCAUAAACCAGGAAAUUUUAUAAGAACUGUUGCACAUUCAAACCAGGAGUCUUCACCAGCAGUUAGUAAAGUGAUGUGCAACGUCAAAUUUCUUGCCUACAUUUUCAAUUUUUUACCAUUUAAAUUCUUGCUCAACGUACGUUCUGUUAGCAAGCAAUGGCUCAGAAUAGUCAAUAUUCCAAACAAAGUGUUGUUAUACGUUGGAGUUAUUUCCAGACACAUUCGCUCAGGUGCUCUUUAUGUUGUUACCGAGACCGAGUUUCCCGCAAGAAAUAAGAAAAUAAGGAGUGUAUUCAUCGAUGAACAAAGAGCAAUUAACGAAAUUUGUAGGCUUCAAAAUUCAUUUUUAAAAGAAAAUGUGUCUUACCAACCUGUGAAGGUUAAUUGCGUUGGAUGGAGAAUUUGCCCGGAGACAGAGCAUUCGUCCCAUAUUAGGGAGCGCUCAGUAUUUAAUUCCCAGGGAAUUUCUUUCGUGUGGAGUGUUGAUAAUAAUAACCUGAGAUAA